AUCACAAAUAAGUGUAUGGUUUGCAUUGGGAAAGCGCUCUAAAUUUAGUCCGAGUGGUAGUAAAAGUCUUAAAACGUUUCAUAUUUGAUCCCCUCUUACCUGCAGACACCCUGAAUAGCUUGUGUGCUCACAUGGCUCUGAUUUGAGUCUACAGUAAUUCUUCCCUAAGCCAGUCUGAAGUCCAGCCCACUAGAGCUCAUGUACUUUUGCCUUUUCUGAAUGAGUGUGAGCUACAAGCUACCACGACACUAAAGCUGAGAAAUUCCUCACAGUUUUCUUUCAUUGAUUUGGCUGAACUUGAGACUUUCUUAACCAUCCUUAUUUUAUACUAAUUAAGUGGACAACGGUCUUGUUCAUUAUCUUAAUUUAAAGAUUAGUUGAAGAUUGAGACUUCUUGAGAAUUUGGAUUCGGUGGAGACAGUAUGGAGGAGAUUACAGAGCAUUUCAGCACCAAGGCCCGUCCGCGCUCGGACAGCGUGAACAGCACAGGCACUCAGUCCACAGGCAGCCGGAUGCUCCUGCGACAGAGGCUUACCAUGCUCAUGACCUGCAUGGAUGACCUGAACUCUAAAGACAGAGUUCAUGCACAGGUGUCCAAAACCCUGGAUGAAGUGUUCGAGAUCUGUGGGCAGAAAGCUCAGCAACGCCAGAAGGAUCAGUUCAGGCUCUAUAUGGUCACAUGGAACGUGGCUACAGCUGAACCUCCAGAAGAUGUCAGCUCACUGCUACAGCUUCAUUCUUCUAAGAAAGCAGACCUUUAUGUGAUCGGUCUGCAGGAGGUGAGGGCAGCCCCCCUGAAGUUUGUGACAGACCUGGCCUUUGACGAUUCCUGGAGUCAUUUGUUCAUGAACAUGCUGGCUCCUCUGGGUUAUAUUAAAGUGUCCUCUAUUAGGAUGCAGGGUCUGCUCCUGCUGAUCUUUUCAAAACUAGAGCAUGUUCCCUUCGUCAGAGACAUCCAGGUCACUUACACUCGCACUGGCAUCUUCGGCUACUGGGGUAAUAAAGGUGCAGUGACUAUUCGCCUGUCUUUUUAUGGCCAUCUGAUGUGUUUUCUGAACUGUCACCUGGCUGCUCACAUGAACUACGCUUCAGAAAGAGUAGAUGAAUUUGAGUACAUCCUGGAAUCUCAGACCUUCCAGGGGAAAAAACCUGUAUCUGUUCUGGACCACAAGAUCGUGUUCUGGUUUGGAGAUUUGAAUUUUCGUGUCGAGGACCAUGGAAUGCACUUCAUUCGGAACUGUAUCACCAGCCAGAAUUUCAACUUGCUCUGGUCUAAGGAUCAGUUGACCAUAAUGAAGAAAAAGGUACCAAAACUGCAGGAGUUUGAAGAAGGACCUCUUGAUUUUCAACCGACCUAUAAAUUUGACCUUAACUCAGAGACCUAUGACUCAAGGGUACAGAAGGCUUGGUUUGGUCUUAAUGGGAAAAAGAGAAAGCCUGCCUGGUGUGAUCGGAUUCUUUGGCGGAUCAAGCCCAGACAGCCUCCGCCUGAGGAUGUUUUUGAAGAGGAUGAUGAUGACACCGUCAAAGAGAAGAAGAAACAGCUUCUGGAGGAUCUGAUGGAGAAAUACCCCCUGAAAGUGAAGCAGGACCUUUACACCAGCAAGAUGGAGUAUGGCGUUAGUGACCACAAGCCUGUGAUUGGUGUAUUCACUCUGGAGCUCAGGAAGAUGUACGACAUUCCACUAGUGCGUCUGUGUGCUGAAGGAGACUGGAGUGCAGAUUUGGACGCGAUGGUGACUUACAGCCCGCUGCAGCCCUUCCCCUCCAGUGCCUGGGACUGGAUUGGCCUUUAUAAGGUUGGAUUCAGAAGCAUUUCUGACUACAUCACCUACACCUGGGUGAAAGAUGACCAAGUGGCCUUCAAUGAUGAGCGUAUACAGGUUUAUGUGAGCAAGGAGGAGAUUCCAGUUCGAGGGGCUGAAUGUGUGCUGUGCUACUACAGUAGUAACCUGCAAUGCAUUGUGGGCAUCAGUGAACCUUUUAAAGUUCACGAGUCAAGAGCAGCGAUUGAAGAAGGCUUAUUGCCUGAGAACAUUAACGGCCUGGACCAGACUGUGGCCAGUUAAGAGCGCUGGCUUUGCCUUUUAUACAAGCACUUUCAGAAUGUAUCUGAGGAGUUCAAACAAGUGCAAUUUUAUCAAACAAGUACAGUGUUUUAUUCAUUAUGUGGUUUCUUUUUGUUCUUAUUUAUAGUUCUUCUGUUUGUUGUUCUGCCACUGUACCGUUUAUCAGUGAUGUUUUGGUUCACAGUUGUUUUAACCUUUGUUGCAAAUGUAAAGUCAUGUAAGCAGAAUAUGCAAUCCCACCUUUUACCAAAGAAGGUAAUUCUCUUAUUAUAGAUGUUUUUCUCCAGUCCCAGCUUUCACCUUUCAGUGUUCUAGUCUUAUAACACCUAUGUUUUACAUUUUACCUCUUUUUUCCCCUCUUCAAUUCUAUUUUAUUCAUAUACUUUAAUCAUUCUCAUCAGUGUUAUUGUUGCUUUGUCAUUCCAUUUCAUUUAAACCAUAAACUGUUACAACGAUAUAUCAAUACUGUAUCCAGCGACUGAUUGUGGAAUGUAUUAGAAAGAGGUCAGAAUUUGCACUGAUUGCUUUGAUGUGUGUAGUUUGUUGGAAUUAUUUACUUUAUGUUUAAUGAAGUGAUGUUAUUUGUAUAUGUUAUCGGGCGAGAAUUUAAAAAUUGAUUUAGUUUCUGUUCUACAAUUUACUGUAUAAGGUGCAGGUCUAUAUCUGUAACCCUUAAAGGGAUAGUUCGGGAUUUUUGACAUGAAUCUGUAUGGCAUCAACAUGACCAGUGUCGUGCAUUCUCACUGACUUACCCCCGACCAUGUCCGGUGAGCGGAGUUCUUGUCCAGUAUUGUCCGAGCCGAAAGUAGUCCGGCAUGUUUGCUGGGGUCACGAAACGAAAGCGUUUUUCUUCCCAAAACAGCACAGAGUGCAAAAGAGUGAUUUAUUUGCAUAACAAAAAAACGGUGUCUGCAAAAGUCACGCCUCAUUAUCACUGGGGCACUACUUUCAUUUUGGAUCAGUGCGCGCGAUUGUGCAACCUGGCAGCUAGCCUACGGUUUCGAUUUCACUGUUUACUGUUCGGGAACAUGUCGGACUACGAGAGCGACGAGGAAUAUAUUGAUUUCCGCUCAGAGCCAAGGGGGUAUCUUUAUGAGCCUGAGUAUACUGAGGAGGAACUUGCCCAAAUCGAAUUGGAUCGUGCAGAAAGAGAGAGGGUGGACAGAGAAAUGAUUGAGACCGAAGCUGGAGCCGCUGCUGCUGCUGCGAUACCAAGGGUGGCCGACAAAUCCUGGUGCACUUGUUUGAAGUGCGAACUAAUGCCGACAGAGGUGGAAUGUUACUGCUGCCACGAGUGGGAUUUAGUUAUGCCCGAGAUACAGAACCUGUCAAUUGAUGAGGACGUCGGCGGGCCAGCUGCUGCCUGCAUCACAAACAACAGCGCGCACCGCAAACACGAAGCUUCUUCAUUUUCACCACUUUGGUGUCCACAUGGAAGCCCAUUGCAAGUAUCCAAAGUUGCCUGAGAGCAAUGUCAGUCACGGGGAUACGAUGGAAACUGUGCGGAAAAUCAGCCACAUCUUUGUUGCUACAGCCUGGAUAAUCACAAGUCCGCACCAUUUUAACACACACACAUACAAAUGUAUAAAUCUGUGUUCAAGAAGCUUAUAAAAGCCGAUAAACUUCUCUCUAAAGCUUGCUCUUUGCGUUGCUGGUUGAAGCUGAGCGCAGCCAAUGAUCUGAAAGACUAGUGCGCUGCUCGCAGUUAGAAUGACAUGCGCACUGAUCCAAAAUGAAAGUAGUGCCCCAGUGAUAAUGAGGCGUGACUUUUGCAGACACCGUUUUUUGUUAUGCAAAUAAAUCACUCUUUUUGUUUUGGGAAGAAAAACGCUUUCGUUUUGUGACCCCAGCAAACAUGCCGGACUACUUUCGGCUCGGACAAUACUGGACAAGAACUCCGCUCACUGGACAUGGUCGGGGGUAAGUCAGUGAGAAUGCACGACACUGGUCAUGUUGAUGCCAUACAGAUUCAUGUCAAAAAUCCCGAACUAUCCCUUUAAUAUGCCAGUAACCGUUAUAAUAUGUUAUUUAUGCAAACUGUUUAAUAUUUAAUUUAACUCCUAAAGGAUCAUGGUUGACAAAUAAUAUUUGGAGGUUUAAAAACACUCCCUCAUUUUUUUAUGAAUUCUUCACUCACACAUUAAUAAUUUUACCUUAAAUUUGAUACAUUUUUCUUAGUCAAACUAAAGCUACUCUCUUUAAACUUGAAAGAAUGGUUUAUUAAAUGAGGGAAAGGUUGUUAUUAUUUAUCUACCUUGAUACUUUAGGGGCUUCAUAUUGUUUGAAUAUAUGGCACACAGAUUUAUUGACAAUUUCCAAUGUUUAUACUUGGUUUGUAUAAAAGAUCAUUUUUGGUUGCAGACUCUGUUUAAAAACAAAUAAUUCAUAUGCUUAGCACCAAUGUAAAAUACAUAUAUAUAAUUCAAAUACAUUUUUGUAUAAUAUACUGUAAUUUGACACUGUGUGUAUUCAUAAUAAGCAAAUAAACAAAUAAUGGAUCA